GUCAACAUUACCAUAGCACCAUUGCGACAUACUUAAUAGUUCUGAUAAUUUCGUUGAUAAAUUAAAUUUUCCCACGUUAUCAGACAACAUGUAGAAACCAAGUGAUUCAAGUUAAUCCGUUUAUUGAGCCUUAUUGUAAAUGUAGGAUGGAUAUCGCCAAAUCGUUAUUCAAUGUGCGUGAUCACGAUGGUUAUGUUGGCAAAGACGACCACAAUAAAAACUUAGAAACAGCUGUCUCCGAUGAUGAGUUUGAUAUUGACAGCAAUGGGCUCAACGGUGAAGAAGCGCUAUCACCGACACCAGGAGGUGCUUUUUCAGCCUUAACCCCUUCUAUGUGGCCACAGGAUAUGCUGGCCAAACUUAAUCAGCCCAGCAAUCCAGAUAAUCCAACAGAUGAAUACAAAUUUGACGAAUUUGGUUUCAAAGUAGACGAAGAAGAUGCUGCAGACCAAAAUGCAAAGAAACUCAUCAAUAUUACACUUGCGGAAGAUCCUCAACAGAGACUUCAGUGGGUAUCAGUACUGGAAUUCAAUCAUAACAAGGAUGUUUCGGAAUUCACAUGGCAGCAAGUUGAAAAUACCUUGACUCGCACUGAAAAACUCCGAGAAAUGGUCCAUCAAGGAAUUCCACAUUCUCUGAGGCCACAAGUAUGGAUGAGAAUGUCGGGAGCUUUGCAAAAGAAGGUCACAUCGGAGACGACGUACAGAGACAUUGUAAAAGCCUCUAGUAGUGAUGCUUUAAUGACCAGCAAACAAAUAGAAAAAGACUUGCUAAGAACGAUGCCGACAAAUGCUUGCUUCAAUAAUUUACAUAGCACUGGAAUUCCUAGAUUAAGACGCGUUCUUCGAGGUCUUGCCUGGUUAUAUCCGGAUAUUGGGUACUGUCAAGGAACUGGCUUCAUAGCCGCCUCACUUCUUUUGCUUCUUGAGGAAGAAGACGCAUUUUGGAUGCUGGCUACAAUCGUUGAAGACUUACUACCAGCUUCAUACUAUUCAUCGACUCUGAUAGGCAUUCAAGCUGAUCAACGCGUUUUGAGAUCUUUAAUCACGAAUUACCUCCCCAACAUUGAUCAAAUACUUACCCAACACGAUAUCGAGCUUAGUUUGAUAACACUAAAUUGGUUUUUGACGUUAUUUGCCUCUGUUGUUCACAUGAAAAUUUUAUUGAGACUCUGGGAUCUAUUUCUCUGUGAUGGAUCAAUUGUACUAUUUCAAAUUACUUUGGGAAUGUUAAAAAUAAAAGAGACAGAGUUAAAGGAUUUGGAAAAUUCGGCGCAAAUAUUUAACGCCUUAUCAGACAUUCCUGGCGAUAUCAUUGAUGUGGACCAACUUUUAGAUAUUUCAUUUAAAGUUAGUAAAACGUUAACAAAUGCUCUUGUGGAGACGCAUCGAAGGCGGCAUUUGGCGUAUUUAAUGGUAGAUCAGGGCGGCCUAGUCGGUAAUCCUGAAGCCGUUCCGAAUUUACCUAAACAGCAUCUAAACAGAAGGCAACUGAAACGAAGUAAAUCUAUGCUACAAUCGUUUUUGUUUGGGAGCGACGAGACUGAAGACGAUAUAAAAUGUAAAAAUAUUAGACAAACCGAAAUUUUAGUUGAUCUCAGAGAAUCUGUUCUUCAAGUUUCAAGACAUUUCAUUAAUCUUGAUCCUAAAUACAGUAACAUAUCAUUGACUGCAGAUUAUAGUAUGGAAAGUCAUGCAAAGGAUCAUGAUAAUUACAUUAAUGUCUCGCGAACACGAAAACGGCGUGCAAAGGCGUUACUUGAUUUUGAACGACACGACGAUGAUGAACUUGGUUUCAGAAAAAAUGACAUCAUCACCAUUAUCAGUCAAAAAGACGAGCAUUGCUGGGUUGGCGAAUUGAACGGACUCAGAGGGUGGUUUCCAGCAAAAUUUGUGGAACUUCUCGACGAAAGAAGUAAGCAGUAUACCUGCGUUGGUGAUGAUGCGGUGAGCGAAGCAGUUACGGAUCUUGUUCGUGGUGGACUAUGUCCAGCUGUAAAAGCAGUCCUUGAACAGGGAAUGAAAAGGCCUUCAUUUUUAGGAGGUCCAUGCCAUCCAUGGCUUUUCAUCGAAGAGGCCUCGAAUCGAGAGGUUGAAAAAGACUUUAAUUCAGUUUACAGUAGACUUAUUCUUUGCAAAACAUAUCGAUUAGAUGAAGAUGGCAAAGUUCUCACCCCAGAAGAGCUUUUGUAUCGCUGUGUUCAAUCUAUUAAUUUAACACAUGACAAUGCACAUGCGCAAAUGGAUGUUAAACUUCGAUCUCUCAUUUGUCUGGGACUAAAUGAGCAAGUUUUGCAUUUGUGGCUAGAAGUACUGUGCUCUUGUAUCGAAGUUGUACAAAAGUGGUAUCAUCCUUGGAGUUUUGUAAAUAGCCCAGGCUGGGUACAGAUCAAAUGUGAACUUCGCACAUUAAGUCAAUUUGCAUUUAAUUUAAACCCAGAUUGGGAGCUUCCUCCGAAGAAAGAACAAUCACAGCCGCUAAAAGAUGGAGUACGCGAUAUGCUUGUAAAGCAUCACCUUUUCAGUUGGGAUCUGUAAAAAUGGUCAUUAUAUUUCAGAUUCUUAAUUUUUUUUUUUAAUCAAACUUAAGUAUGUACUAAGGAAAUUAUUCCCAAGUAUACUUUACGUUUAAAUUAAAAAUCUAAUUUUUUAAUAGUUUUGCGUGGUAAUUCAAUGCAUACGAUAAUAUAUAGCUUGUUUAUACAUCCAUUUAAAUUGACCAAAUUUUUUAUUGAAUUAAAAUAUUUUAGGUUUAUUAGUUUAUGGUGGAGCUUUGAUUUUAUUAACCUACAUAUUAAGAGUUUUGUGAUUGAAAUUGUGUUUGUAAAAAAUUUAUGUGCAAUAUUAUAGACUUACUGUAGAUUUUUAUACAGAUUGUGAAUGUUGAAAAAAAUGAAUAGGAUUUUAACAUUUUUCCUACCUGAUUCCUAUGAAAAAUAGGACUUUCAUGAAUUUAUUCAAGUACCUGUUAAUCACAUUAGACAAUAGUUGAAUUACUGUAAAUUAAAAGUAUAUCUUUUUCAUUUGUUAUUCUGAAUAUUUCGUUGUAAUAGUGUGCGUGUUAUAGUUACAAAAAAAUUUUUUUAAAGACUUGUUGAAAGAAUUGCAAUCAAUAUUAAGCAAAUUUCUUUCUUCCGAGCCUUGUGUCCGUCCUGUGAAAUAUUUUAAUAACAAGAUAAACUUGACGACUAGAGACACACGAUCAGUAUGUAUUAUUACAUUUAGCGUUAAACAAAAUGAUGCCGCAAAAGAGUAAAAAGAUCAAAGUGCGUUCAACAGUUUUCAAUUUGUAAACAAAUUUAUGUAUACUACUCAUACGAAAAAAUAUAUAUAAAUAUAA